UUAUUAGUUCUUCGGCGCUCGGCGGAGAACGAACGGAGAACGAGCGGCGUGUGCGUGGUGUGGUGGCGGUCUGCGCGUCUGUACCCCCUGGUCCAGACCCCCCCUCUGGUCAUCCGGGUCGUCCCUGCAGCUGAAUCGCGCGAGGUACGAAUGUCAUCAGUGCUAUCGGCGACAGACAGGGUGUCGAUACGAGCGAGUUCGGGUUAUCGAAGGAUCGCGUAAUAUCAAGUGAUAUCUCGGAUAUAUACAUAUCCAUCAGUGCGAGACAGUUUAGAAGAUCGGGUUGUCGGUUUAGCCGGGUGUCGAGUGCUCGGCCUUGGGUGUUACCUCUUGCGUGUCGGAUAACGACGAGUGUCGAGAAUUGGCGCCAGGAAAGGAAAGGACAGGACAAAAUUCGCUUCGCUAAUCAAUUGUAAUCGGUGGUGUUUUAAGUCAGGUCGACUUCACGGAUUUCGCGGUGAUAGUGACAGUUGCCGAACGUGAGAGUGCUCAGUUCGAAUAUAUAAGUACGAAGUUUCUCCAAGGGAGAGAAACAGGGUCCUUGUUCUUCUCGCUCUUCUGGUUCCGUUCGGGGAACCGAUCGUAGCUGAAGGGGCGUAUCCUUAGAGAAUAUAUCCGGAUAUCUAAGCGAUCGGAAUGCUACUGUACUAGUAAAGGUCGGUGAUCGGGUCUACGGGUGUGCUCGUGAGAGCAGGAAAGGGAAAAAGAGGGAAGAUAAGAUCGGGGGUGAGAAAGCUCUAGGGGGGUGGGGUAGUAAAAAUAUAAGCACGAGACGGGGUUUGAGCGAACAAAACGGGAAACGGUGCUCCUAGCCGGUGUCGUGUGGCAUGAUCGGGAGAAAAGUUUGAGAGGCAAGAUGCUCACGAUACAGCGCUCGGAAUUACUAAGAGGGGGAGAAGGCUGCAACCCUCCCGGCACGCAUUUACUACCCCCCGUUGCACCCAGGGCUUCCGUCGCCGAGCCCGCCGAGAGGAGCGUCUCCUUCAAUCGAGACGUCCACGUGAAGAGGAUCGGACGUGGUUCACCGCGCGUAACCGCGGCUCUCGUGAGCGAUGGAGAAGGUAGGUUGAUCGCCACCCCGGUCCGCAGGGAGAACAUCGCCGCGAAAAGCAAGGAAGAUCUCGCACAGGAGGCGGCCCUAGUCCUGCAGCAAGCGGGCAGCCUUCACUCCGUGGCACAGGACAAUCGACGUCUUCCCGGUCGCUUCAGCACCCUGCCGGCGCGUCGCAACAAGAAACGCCCCGAUUUGCCGAUCGAUGUGAGACCUCGCCGUGGCAGCGAGGAGAUCGGCGCUACGACCGCGAGCGCGGACCUCGACACACCGCGCGCCAAGAAAAAGCCACUGGAGAGGAGCGCCAGCGAUGCCAGCGCGAAGAAGCUGAAGGGCUCGCUCGCGCGAUUCUUCUCGCCGAAAUUGGAGAGGCGCCGGAAGCCAGUCGGCCGAAGCGCGAGCGACGCGGGUUCCUCGACGCGCAGCGGUGCGCAGCGCAAACGGAGCGGCAGCGAGAGCGAGGGCUCGCACCUGAGUACCGUCAGCCAGCGAGCGAAGAAGCAGUUGUCGCCGAUAAUCGAGUCGUCGCCGCACGUCGAUCAACAGCCGUUCCACUUUGGGAGCGCGGAUCGCGAAAACAAUAAUCGACCGAAGCCGAAAAAGCCUAAGAAAGAGGAGCGAACGAGCCCGGCUAUCGAUGUCGACGAGGUGAUAUCGCGAGACGUCGAGUCGAAAGAGACGAUCGAAGCGCGCACCGACGAGCCUGCCGAUAGAUCGCCCAGCCGAGAGGCUAGAGUGAUCGAGCAUCACAUAUUCGUCGAGGGUAGAGACGUCGAAGGGAAGAGGGAGACCGAUCGAAAGCCCACGGGAAGCAGCCGUACCCCCUCGCCCCCGAAAGAAUCGAAACGCGGGGGAGACGAGGUCGACGAAGCGGGCACAUAUAGCAUGCUACACAGUAGCCGUUACGAUCUUCAAAAACGCAACGAAGAAUCCACCAUUCACAAGAUGAUCCAUCGACUGUCGAACGACCGCUCGCCGCCGCCGCAGUUGACCAGGACGAUGGUAUCGCCGUCACCGGGUUUCGGUCACAACAACAACCGGCCGUUCUCCUACACCAGACCAAACGAAUCCUGUAGCCCGCCGCCGCCGGCGCAGACCAACGUAAUUUACGCGCAGGUGCAGCCGGACAAGAAGAAGGCACAGCGGAGCCACUCCGACAGCGACGAAGGCCUCGGCCUCGAGAGGAAGGAUUCCUCCCGCGAGAACAGUCCCGCGGAGAAGGAGUACCGCAGAACCGAUUACUCGUACAGCAGUGAUCUGUGUCGCAACAAUGAGAUCAACACCUUCAAGUCGAGAUAUGAGGAGGACCGCAAGACCAGCAGUCCCUUCGGCAAACACUUGGGCUCGAAGGACUUCAUCUCCAGGACCACCGAGACGACGAGGCGUCACGAGUUCGACGAGAUCGACAGGCGUCUCUACGACAAACCCGAAAAAUAUACCUCGACCGUGUUCGUGGAUACUUCCGGUCGGGGUAGGGCCGACGGCAUGGACGCCAGACGAAGGGACAGCGGCGAGCUGUCCUCGAGACAGAACGAGAGCGGGAUCUCGCCUAAAACGUCCGAGUUGAGCGCUCGACGAGAUCUGCUGGAGUCCAGGAUCAAGUCCAGGCUGCUGGCCGACGAGAUGUUCGCCGCCAAGAACAGUGCAAACGUGCCGGUGAAGAAGUCGAGCGAGCACGAGAUAAUUGACAAGCCGAUAGUACCGUCGCCGGUCACGCCGAAUCGGAUCGCGUCGCCGAAACGAUACAUGGACACUUACAUCACGGAGACGCGCACCAACAGCAACGGCGAGAAGUACAUUUUCGAGAAGGAAAUACACGAGGAUAACGGCAAGGUAUACGGCUACGAGAAGAAGAUCACCAACAAAGUCCCGACGAACGGCUACCUGGACGCGAAACCGAGGGAGGGCUAUACCGUGGAAACCAGAACGGACAAAUACGGCGAUAAAUACAUCGUGGAGACGCGAAAGCACGAGGGUUACACCGACAAUUUCAAGCCGUUCCUCAGCGACCGAAGUCGAAGCAGCCCCGAGGAGAGAAUUCAGACCGUCAGAAACGGCGGCAGCCCCUACAAGCCCCCACGUUAUCUGUCCGAGGGGACCUCCGCGACGGUGAAUCACUUCCGCAGCGAGUCACGGGAGAACGACGAGCUGUCGUCGCCGAUCAUCGCCAAGAAAUUGAACGAGCGCAAGUUCUCAAAGAGCGACGAUUUCCUGGAUCGCGACAGCCGGCCGAUCAACCGAGACGCGUAUCUGCCGAAAACGAAGAAGCCCUUCGAGUCGAUUCGCGGGAUAAGUAAGUCGACCCAGCGACUGGACGAGGUCGGGGAGAACGCCAGAGUGCGAGCGCUCAGGAGCGAGUACACGACGAGAUCGCACGAGAAUCUAAGCAGUCACGCGGGUUACGUUAAUGCGCGAGACAUGAGACGCCCGUUGCUGAAUAGUCCGACGACGAACGGGCGCGGGGAGAGAUCGCCGUUCACGAAGCGUCAUCUGGACAGUCUGCGCGAGGGCCCGAACGACGACUACGACACCGAUAUCUCGCAGAUGACCAGCAGUCAGCUGGAGUCCAAGUACUACAAGGAGACGCGUACCACGCAGAGGUACACGAGCGGUAACAAACAUCCGAUCCACGACGACUACGACAGCUCGCCGCCACGGAUACGCACCGAUCGCGGCGGUUACAAUUCCAGCCGAUACGACUCGGACACCACCGCCAGGGACUCGUUACGUUGCGAAACUCGCUACGACGAUACCCGCAACCUGAGGAAGGAGCACCGCAAGCUGGACGACGAUCCGAAGAAACCGUUGAGGCGAUCACGCAAUCGGCUGGACUACUUCGACGAUUCCGACAGUCCGCGAGGAAAGGUAUCCUCGGUCAGUCGCCUGGAGACGUUCACCGAGACCCCGACCAGACCACCUAGGACCUAUCACGAGGGCAAGUCGAGGCACGCGAGACAAGAGGUGCGAGGGCACACCGAACGUCGUCAUCGCGAAACCAGGCUGAGCGAUCCGGAUCGAAAGGAUCGGCUGGCCGAUUCCGGGAUCGAGAACGAUUACAGAAGGGACUCCCAGGAAGCGGACAGGCGCGAGCAGCUCGAAUCCGAGGACGAGGGUUUCGUCAGCCGGCAGUUCAUCAAGCACGAACGACGGCACACCGAUCGCAACAUGAACCUGACGCCGACGUCCGAGCAACGCAAGUACGACAAGUACGCGAGCGACUCGUCGUCAAAGCCGCCGUUAGUCACCGCGAAACCGCCUUCCGGCGCCGCCGAUAAGAAGUACGAAAAGAAGGCGGCGAAGAAGAGCGGCACCAUGAGCAAAGUCAAGCAGCUGUUCAGCAAGAAGGAGAAGAAGGCGAAGGAGGAGAAGAGCAAGAAGAGCACGAGGAGCGGCAGCAGCGGCGCCUUGACCGACGAUGAGGUGACCAUGAGGUAUCGAGAGUAUCGCGGAUAUCAGCUGAGGAGCGCCAAGAGCGCGCGGGAUUUGGGCAGCGACAUCAAUCAGGUAGGAAACUUUUUUUUCUCUUUUCUCAUCUACGCG